ACUUGUAUGAGUGUAUCAUAAGUUUGGAUCAUCUAAAAUUUUACAGGUAAAUUCUAUAGUUUGCGGAUUGAGUUUUUUACAUAAUUCAAAUUUACUUAAGUUUCACGAAUUUAAGUGAACUCUUUUUCCAUUUGAUUAGUUUAAUUUGUGUUUGACUCUAUGAUGAAAGUUGGGUUUGAGGUUGUUCAUGGAAAUUCAAACAUGAUCAUCAACCGUUCCUCUAUGCAUGAAACUUGGGACUAUUCAAAUCUUGUUUCUUUGCCACCUCCAAUCCCAUCAAUCCAAUUUCCAAUAAAGCCCUCACCAAAUGAAAACCAACAAAAUGAAACAUGUGAUUGGGUUGACAACAUUGCCAAGCACCUUAAUGUCAAUGUUGAUGAAGACUUACCACAACAAACAGCUAAUGAUGAUAAUAAUAAUAAUAGCUUCUUAUUAUUGUCCAAUAAUAAUCCUUCAUCAAUUCACCACCCCAACUUCAAUCCAAUAAGAAAAAACACUUUUUGGAAAACCCCAUUUGAUCCUUGCACCAAUAUUGACCCUCCUAGCACCAAUAACUUUGGUCUUCAUCAAAUUCAAUCAAACACCUCAAAUUUAGACCAUAAUAUUAUUAUUAACCACAAUAGUAGUAGUAGUAAUAAUAAUAACAAUAAUAUCCAUGAUCAAGGUUUGAAUUUGAUUACCCUUCUAAUGGAAUGUGCUGUGGCAAUCUCUGUGGACAACCUUGUUGAUGCUCAAAGGAUGUUGUUGGAGCUAACACAAUUGGCGUCACCUUACAAGGCAUCAUGUGCUGAAAGAGUUGUUGCAUAUUUUGCAAAAGCCAUGAAUAGUAGGGUCAUGAAUUCUUUUCUUGGUGUGUGUUCACCUUUGAUUAUUGAUCACAAGAGCAUUCAUUCAUCAUUCCAUGUUUUCAACAAUGUUUCCCCUUUCAUCAAAUUUGCACAUUUCACUUCCAACCAAGCAAUUCUUGAGGCAGUGAAUAGGUGCCAAUGCAUACACAUCAUUGAUUUGGACAUCAUGCAAGGCCUUCAAUGGCCAGCAUUCUUCCACAUUCUUGCCACAAGAUUUGAGGGUCCACCCGAGGUCACAAUGACCGGUAUCGGCGCAUCCAUGGACCUCCUCGUCGAGACGGGGAAACAGCUCUCGAAUUUCGCCAGACGGCUUGGAAUGCCAUUGAAAUUCCACCCUGUCGUGGCGAAAUUCGGGGAAAUUGACGCAUCUAUGGUGCAAAUUAGGUCUUGUGAGACGGUGGCGGUUCAUUGGUUGCAACAUUCAAUGUACGAUUCAACCGGGCCGGACUGGAUGACCUUGAGACUAAUCAAGGAAUUGGAGCCAAGAAUCAUCACAUUAGUGGAACAAGAUGUAAACAAUGGAGGAUCAUUCUUGGAUAGGUUUGUUGGAUCAUUGCAUUACUACUCAACAAUAUUUGAUUCCCUUGGUGCAUACUUGGAAAUUGAUGAUCCUAAUAGGCACAAUGUUGAGCAUGGAGUGUUGUCUAGGGAGAUCAACAACAUAUUGGGCAUAGGUGGACCAUCAAGGAGUGGUGAGGAAAAGUUUAUUAGGCAAUGGAGGAAUGAACUCAUUUCAAGGAACAAUUGGUUUGUGCAAGUUCCAAUGAGUGCUAAUUCAAUGGCUCAAGCACAAUUGAUACUUAAUAUGUUCUCACCACCACAUGGUUAUAGCCUUGCUCAUGUUGAUGGCACUUUGAGGCUUGGUUGGAAGGAUACUAGCUUGUACACUGCUUCUGCAUGGACUUGUAAUGCUUUUAGCUAGCUACUCAAAAUUAUUAUGUUAUUUUAUUUUAAUAUAGUUAUUAAUUUAUUAUCAUCAACACAUUAUUUAUUUUCUUUAGAUAGAGCGAAAAUAUUUGUUAACAAAACAAAUUAAUUAAAAACAUCUAAAAUUUGUUUUGUUUUGUAUUUAUU